AAUUAAGAAAUUGUGGUCCGCAGCAAACAACCCGUCAACACUCCGAGAUUCGGGUAAGUGAAUGUCUGAUGACAUUUUCCUACUAAAACAACAAUUCCGUCAUUCAGACCCGGAAGACGGGUAACGGCCAGCAAAGAUUUCGUUUGCAGAAUGCUAACUGCAAUUACCCUUCGUUUUUUUACACAGGAAUUCCGGAUAGUGCCAGGGGAAAGGAACCCCUUUGCGUCCGAAUCGACCCAGCGAAGAUCCGACGAGAUCCAGCACGAAGAGGCCUUCUGAAAAGAGGGCUUUUUUGUGGUGUGGCAUUUUCCACACACACGUGGAAUCGUCGCCGCGUUGGAUCAUCGCUUGCAGGAGACUACCGGUGUUGGAUCGCUUCAAGGGUGCUUACUGCCGAAGAGAAGUCAAUUCCGGCCAGCACUUGAGGGAGCUGUUCACCUCGAAGUGAACUGUGGUGACCCUCAGUGCGCAGCGACCAACACCACCGGAGCGGAUUGCAAAUUAUUUCAGGCACUCUUGCCUACUGUACUUUAUUCCCCGGCCACUAGCGCCGUAGGGGAAGUUACCCCGGAGAACAAAACCGGGUCAGCGGUUAUUUGUAUUCCGGCCACGAGCGCCGAAGGGAAUUUGAGUGCCGUUGUUUAAGCGCCGAUUAAGGUGCUGUUUUUUUAUUUCGGCCACCAGCGCCAAGAGGGACGUUGCUCGUGUUCCGACCCCGAGCAAUGUCCAUAAGUGGAUGUCGGGUUUGUGAGUGCUGAUUGAGUGGCCAUUUGUUCAUCCGGCCCCCAGCGCCAAAAGGACCUUGCUCGUGAUCCGGCCCCGAGCAAAGGCCAGUGUUUGAUGCCGGGAAUUGUCGCCCAAUAAGGCGUUUCAAGCUAGUGUUCCAGCCUCGAGCGCUGAAGGGAUUCUUGCGUCGUUUUCUUGCCGAGAAGAGGAGCGUGAUGUUCCGAGCGUGAACAUAUCACCAGAAACAUCAAGAUUGCAGAGCAGCAAGAUUGCUGCAAUUUAAAAAUUCCGGCAAGAGAUCUGCCACAUUGGCGCCCGAAUAAAAUAGAACUUUUGUAAAAUACUACAAAAAUAAAAUUUAAAAUGGACAUAAUUGAUUUGAAUGAUGAGGAAAUUGAUUACGAGCUUCAGCUCAGAAACAAAUUUGACCUUGGUUUUAGCAAUCGCAGAACUAAACUUAGUGCGUUGCGAUCAUUAAUCACGGAGGAGAAAAAAGCAAACACUUUUGCUAAGUCCUCAGAUCACGUGAUGAAUAUUGAAGAUAAUCUCAACAUAUGUUUAACAAACUUAGAAGCGAUGAAAUUAAAUACACGUAAAGCUGUCAUUGAUAACGAUUCGAAUUCGAAAAAGCAAUUGCUUUCGCGUCUUGAGCAUUACCGCAAUAGAUUGGAUUUAAUUCCUAAGGAUCAACCGCGUAGUGAGUUACUAGUGCAACUUACAAGUGAAGUGAAACAGUUACAUACAACAUUGACAUCGAAUGAAGAUACUGGUGGUGUAGACAACACUCAGCUUGAGGCAGCAGCAAAUUUGACGAUUUCGGACAGUAUGCCGAGAACAUCCAGCCCUUUUAGAGGUUUCGGUGAAGAGGAUUUGAGGAACGAUCGAAGCACCAGGGGUGCAACUGUACCAUCGACAGAUCCGGUCAAUUUAAGUCGUCGGAUGGAAACUAUGCAGAGAACUGGAGCAAUCCCCAAAUCCAACACCAACGCAGAUGCGAGACGUGACAUCGAUUCCAACAAAAGGAAUCAAACGGAGCUGUUGGAAGAGAUCUUGGAAAGACUGAGGCAGUUACCCAUUGCGCAGCCACAACAAGUAAUCCAAAAUCAUCAGACACUUCAUCAAAACACUUAUGCAGCUCUGCAGCAAGUAGAGAUGCAUCAGGCGCCGCCGUUACCAGAUCGAGGCAAUUCUCAGAGGCAUCGAGGUUUACAUCGGGAGAAUCAGAACAAUGAAAUGUCGCAGGAGCUCCGAGAUGAAGCAUUGCUUUCGAUUCUCAGGGAACAGAAUAGGCAUCAAAGAGGACCAAGAGGAAAACCAAUUCACGCCUGGCCUUUUAAGUAUGACGGAAAAGGUAGUCCUUUGGAUCUGAUUAUUUUCAUUAAGAAGGUAGAGAAAUUUGCAAUGACUGAUGACAUGAAUGGUGACGAGUUGAUGUCACAAAUAAAAUUUCUGCUAGUUGGCAAAGCUUUAGACUGGUUUUGCUUGUCAUGCAACGCAUAUAUUUCCUGGGACGAAUUCAAAACAAAAAUUAAACAACAAUUCAUUCCACGAGACUUUGCACAGUUGAUAAGAAAACAAGUAUAUUGCAGAGUACAAAAGCCGAAUGAAUCUUUUGAAACUUUCAAUUGGGAAAUGACUUUAAUGUUUGGUGCAGCUGAUCCUCCAUUUUCGGAGAUGGACCAAUUCCACAUCAUUAGGACGAACUUGAAUCAACACUUCAGGCUAGUAACUAUCGCCGCUCAAGUUUCAUCACUGGCUAGCUUAAUCAAAGUAUGUGAAGAGGUGGAUGAAGCGAAUAUCAAUAGUGGUAGUUUCGCAGCAAAUUCAAAUCGACCACAAGAAUUAGGACGAGCAAACGUUUACAGACAGCUUAGACCACAGAUGCAGAGGGACAAUAGGCCAACAGUUCAACACGGAAUAAACGCAAUUGAAAGUGAGAACACACAACAAUGGAAUUCGUCGUUGAUGCAGCAUAACAUGCUAGACUCAUCACAACAGUACGACAGCAAUAUACCUCUAGAUCCAUCGAUACACAACUAUCAAUCCACAAGGGAAAGACAGACCGAAGUAUCCGAAUUUGGAAAUGAACUGAAUGGUGCAGGUUGCAACGCAGUUCAAGUGGACAAUAAAGGGCAAAACUUCAGAAUGAUGAAUCGCCCAACACCAAUCAACCCGACCACGACAUUGAGAUGCUGGCAAUGCGGCAGAGAUGAUCAUUUCUUCCUCACGUGCCCAUUUCCGAAAACACACCUGUUUUGCUAUCGUUGCGGGAAGCAAGGUUACACGGUACGGAACUGUACUGAUUGUAUCCAAAUGGCCAGAGAUCUCAUGCAAAGCCAUCCGGGAAACGCCCGAGGCGGCAACUGCUAG